AUGUGGCUGACAAAAGGGAACAACAGUCCAAGAAAAAUUGAGCACUGUGUGUUCUACAAGACAGGAACAUAUUUAAUUGAAAAGCAAGUUAAAUGCGUAGGUUGCCGGGAAAAGAUGAAGUCGGUAGACCAUAUGGCUACCAAGUGUAAUAGAAUGCUUGUACAUGAUUAUAUGAGACACCAUAAUAAAGCGUCAAGAUGUAUACAUUUACAGUUAUGCGUAAUUUAUGGACUUUAA